GCAUAAUUGUGAUUUUUUUUCUGUGUGUUUUACCUGUAAGUCUGUCUGAUGAAGAGGAAAAUGGCACAGCCUGCAAGACUGAUUUUGUGUGUUGGUCUAGUGUUGGCUGAGAUAUUUGCAGUCUCUUCCACACAACCUGGACGGAUCCGCAGUCGACAGGCAGUAGCUAUGGCUGCUUAUUCAUUGUCCACAGAGAUCACCAACCUUCCAUUUACUGAUUCCCUCCUCAACCCCGACACUAUUUACUACAAAUACCUAGAGUCUUUGGUCGAUUCAGUGUUGACUGAAACCUACAAUAUCUCUGGAGCCACAGCAGGCCAUUAUUUGGGAACUGCAGACAUGAAAUUCACGAGAGGUCAACUGAUUAAUGUGGAGACAACUAUUCUCUUCUCCUUAAGUCCAACCAGCCUAAACACCAUUUUGCUUACAUACAUUUUCGAGGACUAUAUGAGCAUAACAACAAGCACACCGUUCAGAAUUAACCAUCUCAGCACAUAUAUGACCAAAACCACCAUACCCACCACCACCAGGAUUCCUAGCACCUACAGCACCAGAGGGGUUCCCACCAGUGAGAGUACGCCCCCAACCACCAGUUCCAGCAUGGUCGGUCCUCAACAGCCGGUUGAUUCAACAGCCUAUUGCUUCUACAUGGAGAUCACCAAUCAAUUAUUUCAGGACUCUCUUCUGAAUCCCAGUUCAGCCUACUACAAGUUGCUGAAGUCUGAAGUUGAGGAUUUGAUUUGUCAUGAGUAA